UGAUGCGUCAUAGCCCUCGGUGAAAGACAGAAGAAAAGAAAAAAAAAAUAUCGACAAACCAGCAAGUUAAUGCGUACCAAUGGCAACGAAACCAUUCGUGUUCUCAGAACGGAGCACAAACGUGCUACAGGUGAUCCGAGGCAUGAACAUUGGAAUCGGAGGUAUCUGGGGACCCAAGUUUCAUAAACAAGCAACGAAUACGUUCCGAAGAAACUUGGUAUGGUGUAGUAGCAGUUUAAGUACUACACUGUGGUAGAGAAGAGCGCACGAUUUUACCUCGUCAAUUAUAGAGACCGUGAAACAGACCGGAAAGUGAGCGCGAGGGAUGAAACAAGACCAAGUUGGAGAAGAAAUAACCAUCUACCGCGGAGAAGCCAGCAGUCUUGCGCACCGCCAGGAAAUCACUGGGAGAAAAGUUCGCCUUUGUCUUCCGCACAGCGUAAGUGACCUAAGAAACAGCCACAUACAUGUGCAGUGACAGUAUUAUAGGUGGUGCAGAGAUAUCGGUUUAAAGGAAAGGAAGAAAACAUUGGGAACAACAACAGCAGUAGUAGCACAUCGUUAUGGAUACGGGGGGCUCUUCCGGGCUGGCGAAGUCUGCCGCCGUAAAACUGUCUGAGAUGGGAGAAAGAACGAAACAGUUUGGCAACGCGAUGAAAGCGCCCGACCAUCAAAGACGGAUUAUUUUAGUGAUCGUCUGCGUGGCCCUGCUUCUAGACAACAUGCUCUACAUGGUUAUAGUUCCAAUCAUUCCCGACUACCUUGCUGAUUUAGAGAUCGAGCAAGCAGAGCACGUCCACAUAGACAUCCAUGCUAAUGUUUCAGUUAACAGCACUAUGAGCUCAGCCGAGGCUAAAAGCAACAAGGACAAUUUAGACGUCCAAAUAGGAGUACUUUUUGCAUCAAAGGCUAUCCUGCAGCUUUUGGUGAACCCAUUGUCAGGAACUUUCAUAGACCGCGUUGGAUAUGACAUUCCACUCCUAAUUGGACUAACGGUCAUGUUCUUUUCCACAUGCAUAUUUGCUUUCGCUGAGAACUACGCAACGCUGUUUUUUGCCCGUAGUUUACAAGGACUGGGCUCAGCUUUCGCAGACACCUCUGGAAUUGCCAUGAUCGCAGAUAAAUUCACUGAAGAAUCGGAGAGAAGUAAGGCUCUCGGCAUCGCACUGGCGUUCAUCUCUUUCGGGAGCCUGGUAGCGCCUCCCUUCGGGGGUAUCCUAUACGAGUUUGCUGGCAAAAGAGUGCCGUUCAUCGUUCUAGCCGUGGUCUGCCUUAUUGACGGGAUUCUGCUUUUGACAGUGAUAAAACCGUUCUCGAAUAUGACUAGAGACAACAUGCCGGUGGGUACUCCCAUUUACAAACUCAUGGUUGACCCGUACAUAGCUGUCGUUGCGGGCGCACUGACUGUGUGCAACAUCCCGCUGGCCUUCCUGGAGCCAACCAUAGCCAACUGGAUGGAGAGCACCAUGCAUUCAACUAAGUGGCAAAUGGGAUUGUGCUGGCUUCCCGCUUUCUUCCCCCACGUGCUGGGUGUGUAUAUUACCGUCAAAUUGGCAUCCAAGUAUCCUAAUCUCCAGUGGUUCUACGGAGCCUUGGGUAUGGUUAUAAUAGGGGCCAGCUCGUGCACCGUUCCGGCGUGCAAAACAUUCGGCCAGUUAAUUGCCCCGUUGUGCGGCAUAUGUUUUGGCAUCGCACUUGUAGACACCGCGCUGUUGCCUACUCUCGCAUUUCUGGUCGACGUGCGUCAUGUGUCGGUGUACGGCAGUGUCUACGCUAUAGCUGAUAUAUCAUAUUCUGUCGCGUAUGCCAUGGGUCCCAUCGUGGCUGGUAAUAUAGUUCACAACUAUGGGUUCGUCCAACUCAACCUGGGCAUGGGCCUAGUCAAUGUCCUGUAUGCACCUGCCCUCCUGUUGCUCCGCCGAGUUUGCCAAAUGAAACCGUCCUACUCCGAGAGAGAUAAUCUGUUGGUGGACGACGAUGAACCCGAGGGACUGUGUGAUACUAUAAAGAUGGAGGAGCGGCGGGGCAAGAAGAAGAGUUACAGUUCAGCGGGCAACUGCUUGCCAGUGGUGGUGGAUGAGAACGGAGGGUUCGACUCGUUUAGAGCACAAACACACGCCUCUUCAGACGAGUCCUUUGGUCCAGAGUACAGUUAGAAUUCUGAGAAUACAUUUAGAAUAUUCAUAAUACACUAUCACUAUACUGCUGCACGACUUAGAACGUUCCAGAAUACAUAGCGAAAGAUCCAGCUUGCUCAGCUUGCGUUUAGAGUUAGGACACAUUCUGUUCAGAGUUCGGACAUGAGAACUUGCCCAAAGGGGAGGGUAGACCGUCACUUCACUAUUUCAUAUACUGACGUGCAAUAUACAAAUACCCAAUCACCUAAUCAUGAUUGUGUGACCAGUUUUCAAAGUCCAUUUCAUUUGACUGUAAUUUCAUCGUAUUUGAAGUCUUCUAUGUAGCCUAUGUAAUGUUUUUUUUUCUUCAAAUUGGAGUAUUGUGAGAGGUCUAUCAAAUACAGUUGACUUUGUGUGCAUAACUACUGCGGAGUAUUGUAUAAAAGGUAAAUAGAUAAAUGUAUGUACAAGAUUAUAUUGAUAUAAUAAAUAUAAGACCAACGGUCAACGCAUCAAUAGACCACUGAUCACAAAACAAACUAUUUUUCUUAAUACCGUUGACCUAUUGACUAUAAUUGGCAUUUUUAUUUUUGUAAUUCAAAAUGGCCUUUUCAUUUCCAUAUUUUAUUUUGAAACGUUAUUGUGUCCUCCUUAUACCAUAUUUUAGGGAUGUUUUAUUUUACAGAAAAUGUAGUGUAAUAUAAACAAAAGCGUUUUGUAGAUAUGUGUAGAUAUUUACAGUGUACAUUCGAAAUUGUAUGUAGGCCUAUGCAUUUGAGUGUGUGCGUGAUGUAUGCGUGUAUGUUGAAACGGUUUAUUGUCAAACGUAAAGACCUGAGUAUCCGUAGUAGCUCAAUAAUAACUUCACAAAUUGAGCAGAUAUAUGUUAAUUUAUCGACAAUAAUUAUAAUAAAAUU